CGACCAUGUCAGCUCCCCUCGAUUUUAAGCAGCUCCUGGGCUUGCAUCCGUCCUCUGAGACUCUCGCCAAACACAUAUCGUCUCUGACGGCUCUUGCAUCCAUCACUGAAGCCGCCGUGCCUGAAGUGAAGUCCUAUCCUGACGUAGUCUAUUUCAAUUACUAUGUGCUCGGCCUCAGCCUUAUGUUCAAGCCAAUCAAUGGUUACAAGCCCAAAACAGGAUUAUUACGCGACCAGCUGAAGGAUGUGGAUGUCGUAGUCGAUGGUAUUGACAUUUAUAACGUCCCAAAACCAAAGACCGGAUCUGCAUCCGAAAGCAAAUUCAAGUCGACAUACGCAUCCUGUCCUAUUUCUCCGGUCGUUCUUACUCUCUCGCAUGGCUCUACCAACAAAAACGCCGAGCCGCGUCCUUCUCACUUUGAGGUGAAGCCAGAAACAACAGGCAAGGAGUUUGUGGAGACUAUGGGCGAACCUGACCGCAAAGGCGGAGGCGCGGGACCAUCGUCCGGAUCCAUUGGAAUCUGGUGUGAAUGGUCGAAGGACGGGGUCAUGGUUGAGUUUGGUGGCGACGAAAGCAGAGGACCUCAGGCAUGGGAGCGCGGGAAGGAUGCAGUGUGGAAGAUUAUUAGCAUCUUCCCGCCCAAGACAGACUAAGCCUCCCCACCCCUCCAAUCUCCGGCA